AAUCGUAUUAAUCUUGGUCUACCUAGUACAAAACGAACGAGAAUGACAGACAAAUGGGUACUUCUAACAACACAGUCAUGAUGAGAUGCUCUCCCAGCAACUCCCUCUUCAAAGCUCUGAAACCCAAUUUCCGAAAUUCGAAUCUUGUUCCCAAUUCAUCACUUCCAUUCUUUUCUUCAACACAGAUCAACAAAGGAGCAUCAAGGUGCUCUCAUAGUCAUAGUCAUGGUGGUGGGACUGGGAGGGCAUAUGAUGCAUUGCUGUUAGAUGCUGGAGGCACCCUCUUACAAUUGGCCAAUCCUGUUGAGGAUACUUAUGCCACUAUUGGAUCCAAAUUUGGUUUGACUGUGAAUCCAGCUGAGAUAAAGCAGGGAUUUAAGAGAGCGUUUUCUGCUCAAUGGUCUGAAAAACUACGAUAUCAGGGUGAUGGGAGGCCAUUUUGGAAAUUUGUAGUUUCUGAAGCCACCGGUUGCGGAGACGAAGACUUUUUUGAGGAAGUUUAUGAGUACUAUGCAAAAGGUGAUGCAUGGCAUCUUCCCAACGGAGCUUUUGACACAAUGACUCAUCUCAAGGAUGCUGGAGUUAAGAUGGCUGUUGUGUCCAAUUUUGACUCUCGCUUAAGGAAGCUAUUGAAGGAUCUUAACGUUUUACAUCUAUUUGAUGCUGUCAUUAUAUCAUCAGAGGUUGGAUAUGAAAAACCAGACCAAAGAAUAUUUCAAGCUGCUCUAGAUCAAUUAAAUGUAGAGGCUGGCAAAGCCUUACACAUAGGAGAUGAUCAAAAGGCAGAUAAAUUCGGGGCCAAUGAUGUAGGGAUAGAUUGCUGGUUAUGGGGCACUGAUGUGAAGACAUUCUCUGAGAUACAAAUCCGCAUCCUUAAUCCAGAGGCAUAAUUUUACUUAUGGCUGUCAACAGACAACAGUAUCAAGAGUUUUUGUGCUGAACAUUGUGAAUGUUGAGCUGAAAAAUGAAAGCAAUAACCAGAGGAGUCUAUGUUAUCUGCAUUAUUUGAUCAUCUCUUUUGUAAUUAUUUUUGACAAAUCUGUUUAGCCCACACAUUCAACUCACAAGUGAUGACAGAUAUCACACAAAGAAGUCAGAAUCAAAUGGGGGAACUUAGUUGACAAUUUGUAUCGGUACUAUAUCUAGUCUAUUAAAAUAUACAGUGCACUAGAUUAAAUUAA